AUGGAGAAUCCACACGAGGAGAGGCAAUCGCUGCUUCUGGAGCGAAUCACCAAGAGCGUUCACCGCCUCAACGAAGCGCUGCAGGAGCUCGACCGAUCCGUAGUCGAGAUCAACAACCACAACCAGGCCGUCAUCAUCGUGUCGGAUCUUUCGGAAGCCUACCGUCGCAAUGCAGCAUUCAACCUGUACAACAUGGACGCUCAUGCCGAAGACGUGCAAGGAAAGAGCUCACUCGAGUAA